GUCUGCUUGUGAACAUCUGGAGAGAUCUUGUGCUCUCUUGAUUAUAAAAGAGGCAAAAAUUCCAAUUUAAAAUACAUAAUUCAUUUACUUUUUUGUUUGUUUGUUUAAUCUGUUUGGGUUUUUUUGUGGGGGGAAAAAAGGUUAAUUCUUAGGUAUAUUGCAACAACACUUUCAUAGCAAAUUAGCAAACAACAAAAAUAUCUGUUCUACCAAAUGGCGCCUUCGUACUUAAAAGCUAUAGUGCACUACAUGGGUUGAAAAACAUUAUUUCAUACCAUAUAAAGUACACUUUUACUGGAAUUUCACAUUUAAAAAGAUUGCAUAACCUUCGUUUGUUAUGCUUCUCCUGUUGUUAGGCAACAGUCAUUAUUGCACCCGCCCCCAUUUCCUUGAUUGGACAGAAACUAUGAGGGACAUUUUCAACAGCCAAUAGGACUUUAUGAUCUCUAAAAUACCUUAAUUAUGCUUUUAAUUACACGACCUAUGUUACUAAGUUCAGUCAUAGAGAACCCUGGUGAUAUUUCUUGUGUUUUUAUUUUUAAAAUACAAAAAAAAAGGUUUUAUAUUUAUACACGACAUGGCCAAAAGUAUGCGGACACCUGACCACCACACACCCAUAUGUGAUUCUUCUCCAAACGGUUGCUACAUUGUUGAAGCAUACAACUGUCUAGAAUGUCUUUGUAUGCUGUAGCAAUACAAUUUCUCUUCUUCAUUGGAACUAAGGGGCACAAACCUGUGCAUCCAGUAUGACAAUGUUCCUGUGCUCAGAGCGAUGGUUUUUCAAGGUUGGAGUUGAAGAACUUUAGUGUCCUGCACAGAGCCCUGACCUCAACCCCACUGAACACCUCUCGGAUGAAUUGGGAUGCCAGUUGCACCCUAGACCAUCUCACCCAACAUCAGUGCCUGACCUCACUAAUGCUUUUGAAGUCAUGUACGAGUCCCUCAGUCGUCUUCAGUGUGAAAAGAUGGAUCUCAACAUCAUAUAGUCGCUGAUGGAAAGGGAUCAGAUAUACAGAAUGCUGGAAGAGCAAAGAAUGUACAGGACCUGGAGGAUUUUUCUGAAGAACAGUGGGCAGUUUAACUGCUCAGGACAAACAAGGCUUUCCACUAGAUUUUGCAGCAUGGCUGUAGUGAGUUAUGCUCAUUCGUCCACAAGAGCAUUAGUGAGGUCUGACGUUCCAGUUCAUCCCAAAGGAGUUCAGUGCGGUUGAGGUCAGGAUUCUUCUACUCUCCAACCUUGGCGUACCAUGUCUUCAUCGUGUACAGCAACAUUGUCAUACUGGAACAGGGGAUGCAACGGGCUACUAAUGUCACCUACCAAGCUCACCACGUGAGCCGAAACAAACGCGGACAAGCCGUCGGGACGCGAGGAGGCUUCCGGGGAUGCACUGUCUGGCUCUCAGGCCUGUCUGGAGCAGGCAAGACGACGGUCAGCAUGGCUCUGGAGGAGCACCUGGUGUGCCAUGGUAUCCCCUGCUACACUCUGGAUGGCGACAACAUCAGACAGGGCCUGAACAAAAACCUGGGCUUCAGCCCCGAAGACCGAGAGGAGAACAUCCGCCGUAUAGCCGAGGUGGCCAAGCUGUUCGCCGAUGCCGGUCUCGUGUGCAUUGCCAGCUUCAUCUCCCCAUACAGCAGGGACCGCCUGAACGCGAGAAAGAUUCACGAGGCAGCGGGCCUCCCAUUCUUCGAAGUAUUUGUGGAUGCACCGCUGGAUGUGUGCGAGCAAAGAGACGUGAAAGGCCUUUACAAGAGAGCCCGAGCUGGAGAGAUCAGAGGGUUCACAGGAAUCGACUCAGAGUACGAGAAGCCCGAGGCUCCUGAGCUGGUGCUGAAGACUGAUUCCUGCAGUGUGAACGAGUGUAUCCAGCAGCUGCUUGAUCUUCUGCAGGAGAGAGACAUUGUACCCGUUGACGCUUCCUAUGAGGUGAAGGAGCUCUACGUGCCUGAGAACAAACUGGACUUGGCUAAGGCCGAUGCAGAGACUCUGCCCGCUAUUGAGAUUGGAAAGGUGGACAUGCAGUGGGUUCAGGUGCUGGCUGAGGGCUGGGCCACUCCACUCAACGGCUUCAUGCGAGAGAGGGAGUACCUCCAGUGCCUGCACUUUGACUGCCUGCUCGAUGGCGGAGUUAUUAACUUGUCCGUGCCGGUGGUCCUGCCCGUCUCCGGCGCAGACAAGGAGCGUCUAGACGGCUGCACGGCGGUGGCGCUGGUCUACAGUGGCCGGCGCGUGGCCAUCCUGCGCAACCCCGAGUUCUACGAGCACCGCAAGGAGGAGCGCUGUGCCCGCCAGUGGGGCACCACCUGCAAGGACCACCCCUACAUCAAGAUGGUGAUGGAGAGUGGCGACUGGCUGGUGGGAGGAGAUCUGCAGGUACUGGACCGAAUCUACUGGAACGAUGGCCUGGACACCUACCGCUUCACUCCCAAUGAACUCAAGCAGAAGUUUAAAGAACUGAAUGCAGAUGCCGUAUUUGCGUUCCAGCUGAGGAACCCAGUCCAUAACGGGCACGCGUUGCUGAUGCAGGAUACACGCAGACGCCUGAUGGACCGCGGCUAUCGGCGUCCUGUGCUGCUGCUGCAUCCUCUGGGCGGCUGGACCAAAGACGACGAUGUGCCGCUGCCGUGGCGCAUGAGGCAGCAUGCCGCUGUGCUCGAGGAGGGCCUGCUCGACCCCGCCUCCACCGUGGUGGCCAUCUUCCCCUCACCCAUGAUGUACGCCGGACCCACUGAGGUGCAGUGGCACUGCAGAGCCCGAAUGGUAGCCGGUGCCAACUUCUAUAUCGUAGGCCGAGACCCAGCUGGCAUGCCUCACCCAGACACAGGCAAGGACCUGUACGACCCUACUCAUGGCGCCAAGGUCCUUACAAUGGCACCCGGGCUCAUCUCUCUGGAAAUUGUGCCCUUCAGAGUGGCAGCCUACAACAAAGUCAAGAAGGCCAUGGACUUUUAUGAGCCCAAAAACCACCAGGACUACGACUUCAUUUCAGGCACGCGCAUGAGGAAGAUGGCACGCGAGGGCGAGAACCCACCGGACGGCUUCAUGGCCCCGAAAGCCUGGACUGUGCUCAAGGAGUACUAUAAAUCCCUGGAGAAGGCGUAAGUCAUCACCUGGGUGGAGAGAUGAAGGCUGACGAUGGUUCUGUUACAGUCAAAAGAAAGGAAAAGAUGUUGCAAGUGGGGGUUGGAAGGGGGGGGGGUUGGAAGGGUUAUGUUGAAACAUGGUCACGCACGGGGACCACUCAAACCUGUCCAGCUUUGCAUAGGGAAGUGGUGUAUUGAAUAUUACCUUAUUGCUUACAAUACACAUUACUGGUUCUUUAAGUUACUGUCUGCUUUUGCUUUAGUUUUUUUUUUUUUUAGUUAUUUUAAUGUUCUUGGAUGGAUUCAUGUCUUUUUACGCCUAAAUUAUUGACUCCAGAGUGAAAAAUGUCGCAUUUCAAAAGCAUUAUUAAACGGUUUCAUGUGAAGAGCUUUGUCAAAGGAAGGAAAAAAAAAAAAAAAAAUGGUUCACUAAUAUUAAGCUGUUAUACAGUUGAAGAAUUGAUCAUCGAAGUAUAAAUGUUUUGCUACAGAUGAUCUGAAUCAUCCUGAUUUUCACAACUACUUUCACUUCAACAUCUUACUGUAACAAAACACAUUUUGUAAUAAUGGUGUCACGAUUUAAGGCUGAAUCGCAGAUUUCCCCUGUCUGAGCCUGUCAAGAUGUAAAGAUGAAAAACUAAAGAAUGAUACGGUACGUCUUAGACUUAAUCAGCCAUUUUGCCUUAAUAUAAUACUGUUUAUCUGAGGUAGGGAUGCAUCGAUUCCAAGGCGUAGACCCUCAUCUCAGUGCUCAGCGUUCACAGAAAUGAUGUGCUGUCGAGCAUUUUUCUACAUGCUUGCUUCAGUGGUUCCACACUCGCGAAUACUUCUGCAUGCGCGCAAAAAAAAAGUUCAUGGCACCCAUUUUGAAUGACCGUACUCACUAAUACUGCUCUGUGCGAUCAGCCAUCUUUGCACUCUGUAUUAAAGAUACUGUUUAAACACUGUAAGAUGAUUUAUCUUCCCUGUUCCAAGUUAGGUGUAUUGUUGGAAGCUGCUACAGAUGUAUAGUUCUUCCUCUUGCUAUUUUCACAUCACACAGUUUGCAGUCUGCUUUGCUUUGAUUGCCGUAAUUAAUCCAGAAAUACCGUUCCUGUCAUCUGUUCAUUAGCGUGACAACAUACACUAGGAUUACGUCACGUAGUAUCAGUGUCAGAUGUUGGCAUCAGAGAAUUUAAAAGUAAACGAGAACAGUAUCAGGUAGAUGGAGAGUUAUCCAAUAGCAGUAUCGGUAACGAUGCAUCCCUAAUCAGAGGUAGUUGAACAAAUGAGGUCAAAACGGUUUCCCGAACAGGUCCUCUGCCAGUGUUACUUUCUUUAGGUUGUUUGUCACAUGACCUCAUCAGAGUGCAGAUGUGGUUUGGUCAUCUGCAGCCUAACUGGAUGUUCUUUAGCGAUUAUGCAGUAUAUAGCUAAAAGUUUGUGGACACCUGACCAGAUGUGCUUGUUGAACAUCCCACUCCAGAUUUGAUGUAAUAACCUCCACUUUUCUUGGAAGGCUUUCCACUAGAUUUCGGAACGUUGCCGUGGGGAUUUGUGCUCAUUCCAGAGCAUUAGUGAAGUCAUGCGAGAAGGUUCCAGGUCAUCCUAAAGGUGUUCAGUGAGGUUGAGGGUUCAAAUCAGGGCUCUGUGCAGGCCACUCAAGUUCUUCCACUCCAACUUUGGCAAACCAUGUCUUCAUGGAGAUCAAUUUGUCUACAGCAACAUCUGGAAGAGGCCCAAACCUGUUCCCAUGACAAAGACAUUUCAUACAAUUGUGUGCUUCUAACUUUGUAGCAACAGUUUGGCGAAGAACCACAUAUGGGUGUGUGGCCGUCAGGUGUCCACAUACUUUUGGCCAUAUAGUGUAUCUCUGAUAUAUUUAUAUACUUAUGAUAUUGAAAAUAAGUAGUUUUUCUAUGUGGUCCAAACUUAAUAUGGUCAAGCUAUGGAAUAAUGUAUUUUAAUGAUGUAAGGUUGAUUAUGUGAUUGAAAUGCCUUUAACAAAAUCUAGGUCAUUCAUGGUUUCUUUUAGCUUGUUCAAAGCCUAUUAAUAUGUGCACAGACACUCCACACACACACACACACACACACACACACACACACACACACACACACACACACACACACACACACACACCCUAGUUGUUUUACCUGACUAAGAUGGGUGGUUUCUAUAAAUGUUUCUGAUUGUCAUUGUUUUAGCCUGUAGUUGGAACUUUGUAUUGUUUUUAUUAUUAUUGUUGUUUUUAUUAGUCACUCCAUUAUGUAUGUGGAUUACUCAUUAGUUUCUAAUCUGUUGUUUUGACCUUUCUUACUUCUUCAGCACUGUCUUUUAUUACUACAUCAUCUCCAAUAAACCAUUCCAAGCAAA